AUGCAUGUUGAACCACAUCCAAUCAUUUGGGGGUCACUGCUAAAAGCCUGCAAGAUACAUAGGAAUCUAGAGAUAGCUAAUCGGCUGUGGCAAGAAGGCUAUGAACCUGUGACAAGAGUGCUAUUGCUAGAUCUUGAAGACAAUGCAAAAGAAACUGCUAUCAAUCAGCACAGUGAGAAGCUGGCUGUUGCAUUUGGGUUGACUCAUACUAAACCAGGGACAGGAAUUCGGAUUUUCAAGAAUCUUAGUGUUUGUGAAGAUUGUCAUGAUGUGAUGAAACUCAUUUCCAGGAUUUAUAAUAGGGAGAUUGUAAUGCGGGACAGAAUUUGGUUCCACUGUUCCAGAGAUGGAAGAUGUUCUUGUGCUGACUAUUGGUAA